UAUGAGAUGAUUUGUCGAUUUUAAAAAUGGCGUUGGUUUGUGAGAAAUGUGAGUCCUUUGUUUUGAAAUGGCUGGUCUUGUCCUGACUCAACAACAGACAUGGAGGACGAAGGGGAAGAGUUCGUUUUCAAUCCACCUCCAGAAGCCCCGGUCUUCGAACCUACCGAAGAGGAAUUCCAGGACCCUUUGGCGUACAUUGCAAAGAUAAGGCCUUAUGCGGAGAGAACAGGCAUUUGCAAAAUCCGGCCUCCCCCGGACUGGCAGCCUCCGUUUUCAGUAGAUGUGGAAAGUUUUAGAUUUACACCGAGGGUACAGCGUCUGAAUGAACUUGAGGCAAGAACAAGGGUGAAACUCAACUUUUUAGACAGCAUUGCAAAAUUCUGGGAGCUUCAGGGCACAACGUUCAAGAUACCAACAGUUGAGAGGAAAACUUUGGAUCUUUUUCGUCUCUACAAGACUGUCAAUGAGGAAGGAGGUUUUGAGUACAUCACCAGGAAGAAAAAAUGGUCAAAUGUGGCCAGAAAGAUGGGCUAUGUUCUUGGCAAGUCAGCCCCGUCUCUCUUACGAAUGAACUAUGAAAGGUACCUUUACCCUUACGAUAUUUUCCAAGCAGGUGCUUUCACUGGGGAACCACCGCCUUUGAAUACAGCGGAUACAAAGAAGGAGGACAAAGAUAAAGAAUACACACCAACUAAUGGCAACACCAACUACCAGAUGUCACGAAGAUCGAAAAAAGCUAAGGCUGAGGAUCUUGAUUCCAUAGACUUUGAAAAUAAUCCCGAGUUGAGGAAGCUGCAGUUUCUGGCUCCUGGACCUAAGAUGGCUGGUUUAACAAAAGGAACCUUGUUACCGAAACAAGAAAUAAACAUUAAAGAAGAACCUCAAGAUAGCCCUGUGAAAAUGGACGUGGAAGAACAGGGCAAAACAGAGCCAUCACCUCGUAAAACCAAAUUGACAGGGGACACCAGAGAGUCUCCUAGUAAGCAGAGGAUGGCAAGACAGAAGCAAAGUGUCAAACUUAAACUUGAAGCUUUGAUGCAGAAGGAGCCGGAGCUGACCAGGAGACGACCUGUAAGACAAGCCAGCAGGAAAAGCUUUUAUUCUGACUCCCUGAAUCUAUUGUUGCCUGAUGAAUACCUUUGUCAAGUAUGCAGUAAAGGUGACUCGGAAGAAAGCAUGUUGCUCUGUGAUGGCUGUGAUGACAGCUACCACACCUACUGUUUAAUUCCACCCUUGACGUCUGUUCCAAGGGGGGACUGGAGAUGUCCAAGAUGUGUUGCAGAGGAGUGUAAUAAACCAGUAGAGGCUUUUGGGUUUGAACAAGCCAAGAGAGAAUACACAUUACAAUCAUUUGGAGAAAUGGCUGAUAACUUUAAGAGAGAAUACUUUAAACUUCCACCUGAGGUAAUUUACAUAUCACUCACUCAAGCCACUAGAAGUACAUCGCAUUCCUUUCUUCAACCAACCUUUCAAGGUUGUGUGAGCACCGUGACAUUAUUAAUAUUUGUUAUGUUUUUUCGCAAUCAGGUUCCAUGGAUAUACGUUGGCAUGUGUUUCAGCAGUUUUUGUUGGCACAAUGAAGACCACUGGAGUUAUUCCAUCAACUAUAUGCACUGGGGAGAGCCAAAGACAUGGUAUGGUGUACCAGGAGAUAACGCUGAAGAUUUUGAGCGCUCUAUGAAGGAAGCAGCUCCAGAACUCUUUGAAGCGCAGCCUGAUCUUCUUCAUCAACUUGUCACCAUUAUUAACCCUAAUGCGCUCACCGCCAAGGGUGUACCUGUGGUGAGAACCAAUCAAUAUGCGGGAGAGUUUGUGGUCACGUUUCCCAGGGCGUAUCAUGCUGGAUUUAACCAUGGUCUCAAUUUAGCGGAGGCUGUCAAUUUUGCCACAGCAGACUGGCUUCCUAUUGGGCGCAAGUGUAUUCAACACUACCGUGAGAUGAGUAGAAAUCCUGUAUUUUCUCAUGAAGAGCUGGUUUGUAAGAUGGCUGCAGACCCAGACGGUUUAGAUUUGGACCUGGCCAAAGCAGUCUACAGUGAGAUGUUGGCUGUUGUAGAACAAGAGGCCAACAGAAGGCACAGAUUGACUAAAAUGGGUAUCCCAGAGUUUGAACGAGGUGAAGCCUUUGAGUUGUUACCAGAUGAUGAGCGACAGUGUAAUGUGUGCAAAACUACUUGCUUUCUGUCGGCUGUUCAGUGUCCCUGUAAUCCAGGAAAACUGAUCUGUCUUGACUGUGUCACAGAGCUGUGCCCUUGCGAAGCUACUGAAAAGAGCUUGAGAUAUCGAUACACUCUUCAAGAGCUGCCUUCCAUGCUUCUACGCUUAAAGAGAAGAGCUGAUUCAUUUGACAACUGGGCUACUGAAGUUAAGAGAUCUUUAGAUCCGUCGGAUCCCAAAGUUGAUGUAUCAGAGCUGAAGGACCUGGUGACCACAGCAGAACAGAGCCAGUUUCCUGACUGUGAUCUCUUCCAGCAACUUAAGGCUGCUGUAACUGAAGCCGAACGCUGUGCGAGUGUCGCUCUGCAGCUGGUCAGCAGGAAACACAGGACAAGACCCCAUGGUGGAGCAGACACAGUACCAGUCACUCGCCUGAGUCUUGAUGAACUACAAGGGUUCAUGCAACAACUGCAGAACUUGCCUUGUGUGGUCAGGGAAGCAGAGCUCGUACAAGAAUUAAUGACGCACGUGGAAAGCUUCCAGUGUGAAGCUCAGAAAGUGAUACAAAGUGGAACAACUGAUGUGGCUCAACUUCAGCAACUCCUGGACAAUGGUCACACACUGGAUGUUGACUUACCAGAGAUACCCAAACUGAAACAGGAAUUAAGGCUGGCCAAGUGGUUGGAGCAGGUCAAUAUUACCCUGGCCAACACAGAAGAGGUUUCAUUUGAUACACUACAAGAACUGCUCGAGACUGGAAACUCACUUCCACAGAAAACCGCCAUUGAGAAAGCAGUCAGCGAACUCCGUGGUCUUGUAGCUUUGGGUGAACGCUGGGAAGAAAAGGCGAAACUAUGUCUUCAAGCGAGACCCCGUCACGUAAUGGCCACAGUUGAAGCAAUAGUAAAAGAGGCAUCCCGUGUUCCUUUAUACCUUCCAAAUGUGAGUGCGCUCAAAGAAGCGCUCCGCAAAGCUCGAGAAUGGUCUGAGAAGGUCGAUCAAGUUCAGAAUGAUGAUUACUAUCCGUAUCUUGAUGUGCUGGAGGCCCUGGUCAUGCGAGGAAGGCCCAUUCCCGUGCGCCUAGAACAGCUCCCUCAAAUGGAGUCCCAAGUGGCUGCAGCGCGCGCUUGGAGGGACCGUGCGGCAAGGACAUUUCUCAAGAAGAAUUCUUCAGCUACGCUCUUGGAGAUCUUAUCCCCUCGCAAGGACGUCGGAAUGUACAAAGCAUGUCCAAAGCCUCGUGGAAGCAAAAAGCGCGAAAAAGCAGAAAAAGAAAAAAUCGAAAAGGAACGAGAAGUUAUAAUAGAACUAGUGGCGUUGGAUGAAUACAUUGGCAGAGAUCCUGCACUGCAGAUCGCUGAAUUUCGUGAAGCAGAAAGCAAAGAAAUCCAAACUAUGCGGCAAUUACGCCAAGUCAAUAUUACACGUCAAAAGGAAGAAGACAGGAAACGUCAGCUUGGCGAAAGCCUAGACGGACAGUACUGCAUAUGUCGGCGGGGACCGGACGGGUUUAUGCUGCAGUGUGAGCUCUGUAAAGAGUGGUAUCAUGGUUCCUGUGUCCCUCUACCUCGCACCCAGGGUGGUAAAUCGAUGGGCAAGGGCUCCGCCGCGCUGGAAGCGGCUAAGGAGCUUAAAUAUCUGUGCCCGUUGUGCUCAAGAUCGAGGAGACCGCGUCUAGAAACAAUCCUGUCUCUGCUGGUAUCGCUACAGAAGCUUCCUGUCCGCCUUCCCGAGGGUGAGGCCCUUCAGUUCCUUACUGAAAGAGCAAUGAACUGGCAAGAUCGCUCUAGGCAGUUUCUUGCCGAUGAAGAUGUUGUGGCGCUUCUCACGUUUCUUAGUAGAACUUCAGCUUCGUGGCCGCAUGGAGUGAGCGCAGAAAACUUGUCCGCAUCAGCUGCCCUGCUUCGGCUGGCGCAAGUUGGACCCGAGGAGGAGGAUUCGGAGAAAUCUGCUUCGGGCGAUGUGUCGGUCACGGACGAUUCUGGCAACAGUGCAACGGCCGAAGUAAGACCGACUUUAUCCGAAGAAAAACGACGGCAAGCCGAACAGCUUAUGAUGGAGGGAGAUUUGUUGGAGGUGUCGCUAGACGAAACCGAACAGCUUUGGAAGGUGCUGCUUAGUCAGAAAACCCAGGAAGAGCAAGAAACACAGCUUUUUGAGGCAAAGGUAGACAAAGAAAAAGUCAAAAGAAAGCGAAAGAAAAAAGACAACGAAGACAAAGAAAAGCCAGUGAGAAGAGCGUCGAACGCGAGCAGCGCCAAUUCUGCUGCAGCGGCAAAUGAAAUACCCAAGAAACGGCGCCGAAAGGACAAAGAUAAAGUUACUAAAGUGAAACAGGAAGAAAUCGUUAAUGUUGAAGAGGACGAAGACGAUGAUGAUGAUGACGAUGAAAUAUGUGCAGCCGCGUCGUGCUCAAGACCGCAGGGAGACGAAGUCGGGUGGGUACAGUGUGACAUCUGUGAGAAAUGGUACCACCUUGCAUGUGUCGGUCUGAGCCCAGAGCGCGCGGAAGCCAUGGAUUCUUACAAUUGUCGACUGUGUGUCGGUGGGAGUGGAGGAGGAGGCUCGUCUACUAACUCGGCUGUAGGAACACCCCCUGCGGCGUCACCCGAAUCGGAGAACAUCGACGUGGAUGGGACCACGCCCACCUCACCCACUCCCCCUGUCUCUAUUGCGGACGUAGAAGUGACUGAGUCCGCGCAACAGCAAGAACAGGAGACAGCGGAAACUACUCGUGACCAUGGCAACAGCGAUGCGGUGAUGCGCCCAGUUACCACGAUCGAUUUGUGUUCGGACGACGAGAGCACGCACGAAGACAUAGCGGCCGAUGAGAACGUAGUCGAUGUUGAAAUCGGAAACACAGUGUUUACCCUUUGUUGUGAAAGCGUUAUACCCCGUCACGUAAUGGCCACAGUGGAAGCAAUAGUAAAAGAGGCAUCCCGUGUUCCUUUAUACCUUCCAAAUGUGAGUGCGCUCAAAGAAGCGCUCCGCAAAGCUCGAGAAUGGUCUGAGAAGGUCGAUCAAGUUCAGAAUGAUGAUUACUAUCCGUAUCUUGAUGUGCUGGAGGCCCUGGUCAUGCGAGGAAGGCCCAUUCCCGUGCGCCUAGAACAGCUCCCUCAAAUGGAGUCCCAAGUGGCUGCAGCGCGCGCUUGGAGGGACCGUGCGGCAAGGACAUUUCUCAAGAAGAAUUCUUCAGCUACGCUCUUGGAGAUCUUAUCCCCUCGCAAGGACGUCGGAAUGUACAAAGCAUGUCCAAAGCCUCGUGGAAGCAAAAAGCGCGAAAAAGCAGAAAAAGAAAAAAUCGAAAAGGAACGAGAAGUUAUAAUAGAACUAGUGGCGUUGGAUGAAUACAUUGGCAGAGAUCCUGCACUGCAGAUCGCUGAAUUUCGUGAAGCAGAAAGCAAAGAAAUCCAAACUAUGCGGCAAUUACGCCAAGUCAAUAUUACACGUCAAAAGGAAGAAGACAGGAAACGUCAGCUUGGCGAAAGCCUAGACGGACAGUACUGCAUAUGUCGGCGGGGACCGGACGGGUUUAUGCUGCAGUGUGAGCUCUGUAAAGAGUGGUAUCAUGGUUCCUGUGUCCCUCUACCUCGCACCCAGGGUGGUAAAUCGAUGGGCAAGGGCUCCGCCGCGCUGGAAGCGGCUAAGGAGCUUAAAUAUCUGUGCCCGUUGUGCUCAAGAUCGAGGAGACCGCGUCUAGAAACAAUCCUGUCUCUGCUGGUAUCGCUACAGAAGCUUCCUGUCCGCCUUCCCGAGGGUGAGGCCCUUCAGUUCCUUACUGAAAGAGCAAUGAACUGGCAAGAUCGCUCUAGGCAGUUUCUUGCCGAUGAAGAUGUUGUGGCGCUUCUCACGUUUCUUAGUAGAACUUCAGCUUCGUGGCCGCAUGGAGUGAGCGCAGAAAACUUGUCCGCAUCAGCUGCCCUGCUUCGGCUGGCGCAAGUUGGACCCGAGGAGGAGGAUUCGGAGAAAUCUGCUUCGGGCGAUGUGUCGGUCACGGACGAUUCUGGCAACAGUGCAACGGCCGAAGUAAGACCGACUUUAUCCGAAGAAAAACGACGGCAAGCCGAACAGCUUAUGAUGGAGGGAGAUUUGUUGGAGGUGUCGCUAGACGAAACCGAACAGCUUUGGAAGGUGCUGCUCAGUCAGAAAACCCAGGAAGAGCAAGAAACACAGCUUUUUGAGGCAAAGGUAGACAAAGAAAAAGUCAAAAGAAAGCGAAAGAAAAAAGACAACGAAGACAAAGAAAAGCCAGUGAGAAGAGCGUCGAACGCGAGCAGCGCCAAUUCUGCUGCAGCGGCAAAUGAAAUACCCAAGAAACGGCGCCGAAAGGACAAAGAUAAAGUUACUAAAGUGAAACAGGAAGAAAUCGUUAAUGUUGAAGAGGACGAAGACGAUGAUGAUGAUGACGAUGAAAUAUGUGCAGCCGCGUCGUGCUCAAGACCGCAGGGAGACGAAGUCGGGUGGGUACAGUGUGACAUCUGUGAGAAAUGGUACCACCUUGCAUGUGUCGGUCUGAGCCCAGAGCGCGCGGAAGCCAUGGAUUCUUACAAUUGUCGACUGUGUGUCGGUGGGAGUGGAGGAGGAGGCUCGUCUACUAACUCGGCUGUAGGAACACCCCCUGCGGCGUCACCCGAAUCGGAGAACAUCGACGUGGAUGGGACCACGCCCACCUCACCCACUCCCCCUGUCUCUAUUGCGGACGUAGAAGUGACUGAGUCCGCGCAACAGCAAGAACAGGAGACAGCGGAAACUACUCGUGACCAUGGCAACAGCGAUGCGGUGAUGCGCCCAGUUACCACGAUCGAUUUGUGUUCGGACGACGAGAGCACGCACGAAGACAUAGCGGCCGAUGAGAACGUAGUCGAUGUUGAAAUCGGAAACACAGUCUGAGUCGUGACUGGAACAAUUUGAAUCCAACUUUCGCCUACUUGAAGUUCGCGAUCGUACGCUAAUUGAUUGACAUGAAUAUUUUUUGCGGGAAUUCCUUUGACCAAGCCCGAUCUCAGGGAUUCGGGGGGCUUUUUGUAAUAAUAUUUGUUAUUGCAUCUGAAGACAAGUUAUUCACGUCGUUUAGAUCAAAUUUGGGUAACUCCAAGUUUUGUCACAGUUCUCAGCUCGCUGCCAAGAUAAAUUUAUUGAUGCAUAGCUGAGAAAAUCUCUGGCAGUUUUGCAAAUAGUAGUUGCGCUUCAGAGAUAAAGUAAUUUAAUGAUUAAAAACAAAACAAAACAAAAUAAAACCAAAAAAAAAAACUCGACAAGAGAGCAAGUUUCCGUUUUUGCUCAAUCUUCGUCACAGUCGAGAGAUUCCGAUUGGUUAACAACCAAUCAGAAAGCGGCACGAGACAUUACGAGCGUCCACGAGAGUGCCGACAGUUAAUUGCCGGGUUGUUUAACGAACAGGCUAGUUGUUCACGUGACUCAGUAUUGUAGCGGCAGCUUUGCAAAUACGACAACAAAAAGAAAAGUCAGAGAUUCCAAGUGGUUUAAAAAGAUCAAAAACUAAUGGGUUUUGUUAGACCGUGUUUCUGUAAUAGUACUGUAAAUUUGAUUUAUUAUCUCAAAGGAUUUUCACCAUCACAAUCUUUUAUUACUCGAGGUACUCUGGAACUUUCAGCCCUGAUAUCAGGCCGCACAUUCUCCUUACAGGUCUGUACACAAUUCUUUUCUGCGAGUUUGGAGAAUUUUCUACUUUAUUAGGACAUGAAUUAUGGAUCGAUUACUUCGUGUGGUUGAUCUCACUAAAAGCUGAAAGGAUGCAAAGGUUGAAAGACAGCUACAGGCGUUAUUGAUCCCUGUAAUUCGUAAAUUUUCUUGCGACGUAAAUCAUUGUAAAUUAAAUUCCUCGUAACAACCUGUUUACACCCCUGUCUAGUUUUUGGAGUCGACCUCAAAUUUACCGAGGGUUCGUAAUUUUUUGUUGCAGAUUUAAUACCAACAGAUUUAGCUUAUUUAUAGCCUUGUAUAUAAGCCAUCUAUAAUCAAUUGUAAAUUUACCUCGCCUGCAGUUUGUAUGUCUUGUCGUUGUGGUUCACCUCCAUAUUUCAUUAAGUGCAUCUUGAACACAUUCCGUUCACGAGCUUGGAAUCAUACUGUCUUCUAGAAUUUGAACUGGUUAGUUGAUAAUUUGCCGCCUCCAAAUCCGCAUAGAAUCGUUCAUGAGUAUUUAUCGUCUUGUGAAUAAACGCCUGAAGCGCGAAUAAAAAGAAUAGUUUGAAAAA